AUGCUACGUCUACCUGGAGGAGAGCAGUGGGCCGUCAGCAGCGAGUCAAUAUUGAUUAAACUCGACACGGUGCAGCAGGAAGCCCAGCACUUCAAAGCUGACUUUUACCUCUGUCGUUCCCCGGCUACCGACGCCCGAUAUGACUACACCGGCACUCGGAGUGCUGGCAAUGACAUCAUCAUCACUCGACAGUUCUGUCGACUCCACCUAUCAAUUACUCUCCGUCCACAUUGGAUCCCGUCCUCCGCUCAGCUGCGUGUCACAGAUCUUAGUGAGAAUCAAAUCCAGGGCAUCCCAAGGAAAGCUUUCAGAGGGGCAGUGGAGAUCAAAAAUUUGCAGCUGGAUUACAACCAGAUCAGCUGCAUCGAGGAUGGAGCGUUCCGAGCGCUGCGCGACCUGGAAGUGCUCACACUCAACAACAACAACAUCACUCGUUUGUCUGUGGCCAGUUUUAAUCACAUGCCCAAGCUCAGAACAUUUCGCCUCCACUCCAAUCACCUGAUAUGUGACUGCCAUGUAGCCUGGCUGUCAGAGUGGCUGAGGCAGCGCCCUCGACUGGGCCUCUACACGCAGUGCAUGGGCCCUCCCCACCUCAGGGGCCACAACGUGGCUGAGGUGCAGAAGAAAGAGUUUGUUUGCACCGGGCAUCAGUCGUCUGCGUCCUGUAGUGUAUUGCAGUGUCCAGACUCCUGUACGUGCAGUAAUAACAUAGUGGACUGCAGAGGGAAGGGGCUGGCCGAGAUCCCCACCAACCUACCGGAGACCAUCACAGAGAUCCGUUUGGAGCAAAACUCUAUCAAGACUAUUCCACCAGGAGCCUUCGCACCGUACAAGAGACUGAGGAGAAUAGAUCUGAGUAAUAACCAGAUAUCCGAACUCGCUUCCGACCCCUUCCAAGGCCUUCGCUCCCUCAACUCACUGGUUCUCUACGGCAACAAGAUCACGGAGCUGCCCAAAGGACUGUUCGAAGGCCUGUUCUCUCUACAGUUACUACUUCUGAACGCCAACAAAAUCAACUGCCUGCGGGUGGACGCCUUCCAGGACCUCCACAACCUCAACCUCCUCUCCCUAUACGACAACAAGCUCCAGACCAUCGCCAAGGGAACCUUCUCCUCGCUGCGGGCCAUCCAAACCCUGCACCUGGCUCAGAAUCCAUUCAUCUGUGACUGCCAUCUGAAGUGGCUGGCUGACUACCUCCAGGAGAACCCCAUAGAGACCAGUGGAGCACGCUGCACCAGCCCCCGUCGCCUGGCCAACAAACGCAUCGGCCAGAUCAAGAGCAAGAAGUUCCGCUGCUCAGACACUCGCAAAGGGAUCCACCACCUCGCCUGUGCUGAGGACUACCGCUCUAAGCUGGGGGGAGACUGCUUCGCUGACCUGGCCUGCCCAGAGAAGUGCCGCUGUGAGGGCACCACGGUCGACUGCUCCGGCCAGAAGCUCACCAAGAUCCCUGACCAUAUACCUCAAUAUACCACGGAGCUGCGCUUGAACAACAAUGAGUUCACAGUCCUCGAGGCCACAGGAAUCUUCAAGAAACUUCCCCAGCUCCGCAAAAUUAAUCUCAGUAACAAUAAGGUCACAGACAUUGAGGAGGGCACGUUUGAAGGAGCCAAUGGGGUUAAUGAGCUCAUCCUCACCAGCAACCGCCUGGAGAACGUUCACUCCCGCAUGCUGAAAGGCCUGAGUGGCCUACGGACACUGAUGCUGAGGAGUAACAAGAUCAGCUGUGUGAGUAACGGCAGCUUCACGGGGCUGAGUUCAGUGCGACUCCUCUCUCUCUAUGACAACCAGAUCACCACCAUGUCGCCAGGGGCCUUCGACACCCUCCACUCUCUCUCCACACUGAACCUGCUGGCCAAUCCAUUCAGCUGUAACUGUCACCUGGCCUGGCUGGGGGAGUGGCUUCGCAAGAAGCGCAUCGUGACAGGCAACCCUCGAUGUCAGACUCCAUACUUCCUGAAAGAGAUCCCCAUUCAGGAUGUGGCCAUCCAGGACUUUGCCUGUGAGGAUGGUAAUGAUGAGAAUAGCUGCUCUCCACUGAUGCGUUGUCCUGCUGAGUGUACGUGUUUGGAUACUGUGGUACGCUGCAGCAACAAAGGCCUUAAAAUACUACCCAAGGGCAUUCCCAAAGAAGUUACAGAGCUGUAUCUGGACGGAAACCAGUUCACUCAGGUCCCCCUGGAGCUCUCCAAUUACAAACACUUAACUCUCAUUGAUUUAAGUAACAACCAGAUCAGCACGCUGUCCAACCACAGCUUCAGUAACAUGUCCGAGCUGCUUACUCUAAUCUUAAGUUAUAACAGGCUGAGGUGUAUUCCAGCAAAAGCGUUUGAUGGUCUCCGAUCCCUCCGUCUCCUAUCACUUCAUGGAAAUGAUAUCGCUGUGAUCCCAGAGGGAGCAUUUAAAGACCUGGCCGCACUUUCCCACCUAGCCCUGGGUGCCAACCCGCUGUACUGUGACUGCAACAUGCAGUGGCUGUCAGACUGGGUGAAGUCUGGCUAUAAGGAGCCUGGCAUUGCCCGCUGUGCCGGCCCGGGCGACAUGACUGACAAACUGCUGCUCACCACACCCUCCAAGAAGUUCACCUGCCAAGGCCCAGUAGACGUGAACAUCCUGGCCAAGUGUAACCCAUGCCUGUCGAACCCCUGCAAGAAUGAUGGCACCUGUAACAAUGACCCAGUGGACUUCUACAGGUGCACGUGCCCUUACGGCUUCAAGGGUCAAGACUGUGACACGCCCAUCCACGCCUGCAUCACCAACCCCUGUGAGAAUGGUGGCACCUGCAACUUGAAGGAGGGAGAGGAGAGCAGCUUCUGGUGUGCAUGUCCAGAGGGCUUCGAGGGAGAGAAGUGUGAGAUUAACAUUGAUGACUGCGAAGACAAUGACUGUGAGAAUAACUCGACUUGUGUCGAUGGCAUCAACAACUACACUUGCCUCUGUUCACCGGAAUACACAGCCGCUAAUAACAAUGAGGUGGAGAAAGGUGAACUCUGUGAGGAGAAGCUGGAUUUCUGUGCUCCUGAGUUGAACCCGUGCCAGCAUGACUCCAAAUGCAUCCUUACUCUUCAGGGAUUCAAGUGCGAGUGCACUCCUGGUUAUGUUGGAGAGCAGUGUGAAGUGGAUUUCGAUGACUGCCAGGAUAACAAGUGUAAAAAUGGAGCCCAGUGCAUCGAUGCUGUCAAUGGCUACACCUGUGUGUGUCCUGAGGGGUACAGUGGUCUGUUCUGUGAGUUCUCCCCGCCGAUGGUGCUGCCCAGGACCAGCCCGUGUGACAAUCAUGACUGCGCCAAUGGGGCGCAAUGUGUUGUCAUGGGUACAGACCCAGUGUGCCAGUGUCUCCAGGGUUACGAAGGUCUGCGAUGUGAGAGGCUUGUCAGCGUGAACUUUGUGGACAGGGAGUCCUUCCUGCAGAUCCCCUCCAACAUCAUUACAGAGCAGGCAAACAUCUCUCUGCAGAUCGCCACUGAUGAGGAUAACGGCAUGCUGCUGUAUAAAGGGGACGGAGAGCACAUAGCAGUGGAGCUGUUCCGAGGCAGGCUGCGCUUGAGCUACGACACGGGCUCCUACCCCCCCUCUGCCAUCUACAGUGUGGAGACCAUAAAUGAUGGGAGUUUCCACAUGGUGGAGCUGGUGGCCCAGGAGCAGACUCUGUCUCUCUCCAUCGAUGGCGGCAACCCCAAGACCAUCAGCACCCUGAACAGACAACAGACUCCUCAGCCCAGCCAAUCACCACUCUACCUUGGGGGUUUGCCAGGGCAGGUGGGUUUGGCAGCCUUGCGGCAGGGUCCGGGCCGUAACGGCACUAGUUUCCACGGCUGCAUUCGUAAUCUGUACAUCAACGGAGAGCUCCAGGACCUGACGCAGUUCCUGCUGCAGUCGGGCGUGCUGCCGGGGUGCCAGCCCUGCAACCGGCCCCAGUGUGGCCACGGCACCUGCCACCCCACCGGCCAGUCCUCCUUCAGCUGCGAGUGUGAGGCAGGCUGGACCGGCCAGCUCUGCGACCAGCAGGUCAACAACCCCUGUGACGGCAACAAGUGUAUCCAUGGCACGUGUUUGCCCAUAAACUCAUACUCCUACAGCUGCCGCUGCCAGCCUGGCUUCGCUGGUGUGCUGUGCGACGAGGAGGAGGUGUUCAGCCCCUGCCAGUCGCUCAAGUGUAAGCAUGGCACGUGCCGCGUGUCUGGACUGGGCAAACCUUACUGCGAGUGCAACGCCGGCUACUCUGGAGAGAGCUGCGACAGAGAAGUGGCAUGUCGAGGCGAACGGGUCCGAGAUCACUACCAGAGGCAGCAGGGCUAUGCGGCGUGCCAGACCACGGAGAAGGUCUCCCGGCUAGAGUGCCGGGGCAGCUGUGGGGGGGGGCAGUGCUGCGGCCCGCUCCGCAGCAAGCGGCGGAAAUACUCCUUCGAGUGCACCGACGGCUCCUCCUUUGUCCAGGAGGUGGAGAAAGUGGUCAAGUGUGGUUGUACCAAAUGUCCAACCUAGAGAGCCCCCCCCCUCCCCCACCCCCACCCCCAAAAUCCACCUCUCACCCUCUUCUGUCUACCGCCCACCCCCUCCCCCCCUCCCCAACCCUGCACCACCUCCUGUCCAAAUCUCCUCUUCUUUUGGAGUUACACGCCCCCUUUCUUUUUGUUUUGUUUCAUUUUUUUGUGUCAUUUUGGUUUUUUUUAUGUACAUUUUUUUCGUUAUGCCGGACUAAUGUAUGCUUCCAUAGUGGAGUUGUUGAAUUAUUGUAAAAUACAGAACAAACUUAUUUUUUAUUAAGAAGCGGAGAAAAACAAAAAGACAAAAAAUAGAGUUGACUGUUAUUUUUAUUCUUCGUUUGCCAUCCCUCUAGGAACUGUGACCUUUGUUUGUUUGUUUUUGGGUUUUUUUGGUCUCAUUUUUCUGUUCCCAUGAACACUUGAGUAGCAGACAGUGAGCUACAAUGGCAGGCAGGAGCUCUGUACUGUCUUCUCUGUUCUCAUGGAUGGCUUUCAUAAGGACAUUAGAGGAUAGACUCUUUCCGUUCUGACACACAGGACAGCAAAGCAAGAUGGCGGAUGAACACCAUCACCACAGAGAUGAUUCGCCAAAGCUUAAAAAACAUGGACAGCUGUCCUAAAGACUCACGCAAUGUCAUGGUGUUACAGUCUAUCACGCACAUGCACAAACACACACACUCAUUCAAACACACACACACACACACACAGACAUACACACUCAUACUCAGAUUCUCUCUCCCAAACCCAUAUCAUUUUUUCCACAUGUUUGCAUUGUAAACACACUCACACAAAGAAAAAAAAACAUGUAAAGAUCCUUGUCUCCAGUAUUACUGUGGAACUAUGGUGUUGGGGGAUUGCAGGGUAGGUGGGAAGGUAUACCAGGGUUACAGUACUGAACAAUAUGUUGGAUUCAUAUCAUUUGUCAUUAUAAUGUCUCUGUUGGCACACCAUAUCACUCACGUGUAUUUAUUGUAUCAAAAAACUUUUACAGUACUUAUUCAGUAGAUCUUCCCCAUGUAUUGCAGCUCGAAUCUCUUAAUAUAUAUUAAUUUAUAUUGUCCUUCUGUUAUGAUUGAAUUAAACAUAAUAUCCUGUCGGGUAGUUUGACUAACAUUUGCGUCCUUCUCAGUCGAGAGGUUGUUUGACCACUGAGACUAUUGUAUUUUACCAGAAAACCUUGGUGACAUUUUAAUCUUCAAAUGUGAAGUGAAAGCAUUGUAUAUUUUUGUCAAAUCACCUGAAACUUUGUACUGUGCCAGAGAUGAUCUUUAUAUUAGAGUUUCAAUGUAUAGUUCAAUUUCCCCUCGUAUUUUACAUAGAGUCAAAACCGUGUUUAGAAAGAAAUAAAAUAAACUUAGAAUACGUAAAAAUCUUUUAAAUAAUGUUCUACUCUAAGAUGAUCCUUUUUAACAAAAUACUGUGACUUUUUCUAAACAAAACUACUUUGUUAUCCCUUUUGUUUCUGACGUUAACAUGUUGCUGCUAAAUUUGUUUUGUAGACUUGGAUGAUAAUCUGUGCCGUAGUGGACAGUGUGCCGCGGUAAAGCGGAACGCGUCGUAUUACCAAGAAAAAUAAAGCUGUCCCUCCCCGUAGACUGUGUUCCAUCCGUACCCAGACUAAUGUCAGUCCCAAUACUGAUGUUUGUUUAAUAAACACGAUAUUUACCUCA